UCGCUCUUUACUGAGUGUAUUUGAAGAAGAUGCUGGCACCCUCACGGAUUAUACCAACCAGCUGCUCCAGGCCAUGCAGCGCGUCUACGGAGCCCAGGUAUCCUGCUGCCCCUCACCCGAGAGGCAGAGUGGGGGCCCUCUGCCCUCAUCUGGAACUUCUCUCAGGAGGUUGAGAAAUUUGAAAGAGGUGUCCCCUUCAAUCCCUGCACCCCCCUACAGCUACAUUUAUUGCAUCCGAACCUCCCUUCCCUCCCUGGCUUCAGAUGCCUCUGUGGCUCCCUGUGACAGCGCAGCAGAGAAUGAAAUGUGCCUGGCCACUCAACAGCUUUCUAAGCAGCUCCUGGCAUAUGAGAAACAGAAUUUUGCUCUUGGCAAAGGCGAUGAAGAAGUAAUUUCUACACUUCACUACUUCUCCAAAGUGGUGGAUGAGCUUAACGUUCUCCAUACAGAGCUGGCUAAACAGUUGGCAGACACAAUGGUUCUACCCAUUGUACAAUUUCGAGAAAAGGAUCUCACAGAAGUAAGCACAUUAAAGGAUCUCUUCGGACUCGCCAGCACUGAGCAUGACCUCUCAAUGGCAAAAUAUAGCAGGCUUCCUAAGAAAAAGGAGAAUGAAAAGGUGAAGACGGAGGUGGUGAAGGAGGUGGCAGCUGCCCGGCGGAAACAGCACCUUUCGUCCCUUCAGUACUACUGCGCCCUCAACGCGCUGCAGUACAGGAAGCGCAUGGCCAUGAUGGAGCCCAUGGUGGGCUUCGCCCACGGACAGAUCAACUUUUUCAAGAAGGGAGCAGCGAUGUUUUCCCAAAGUAUGGACAACUUCUUAUCCUCCGUGUCGGACAUGGUUCAGAGCAUUCAGGUGGAACUGGAAGCCGAAGCAGAAAAGAUGAGGGUGUCCCAGCAAGAGCUACUUUCUGUGGACGAAUCUGUUUACACGCCAGACUUCGAUGUAGCUGCACCACAGAUCAACAGGAACCUCAUCCAGAAAGCCGGUUACCUUAACCUUAGAAGUAAAACAGGACUGGUCACCACCUCCUGGGAGCGGCUUUACUUCUUCACCCAAGGCGGGAACCUCAUGUGCCAGCCCAGGGGAGCCGUGGCUGGCGGCUUGAUCCAGGACCUGGACAACUGCUCCGUGAUGGCGGUGGAUUGUGAAGACCGGCGCUACUGCUUCCAGAUCACCACCCCCAAUGGGAAAUCGGGAAUAAUCCUCCAGGCAGAAAGCAGAAAGGAGAAUGAAGAGUGGAUAUGUGCAAUCAACAACAUCUCCAGGCAGAUCUACCUGACGGACAACCCCGAGGCAGUCGCCAUCAAGUUGAAUGAGACGGCUCUCCAAGCAGUGACUCCCAUUACAAGUUUUAGAAAAAAGCAAGAAAGCUCCUGCCCCAGUGUUGGUGAGACUGAGGAUGACGCAUUCCCAGAGGCAGAAGAUUCUCUUUUGCAACAGAUGUUUAUAGUUCGGUUUUUGGGAUCGAUGGCAGUUAAAACAGACGACACUACCGAAGUGAUUUAUGAGGCGAUGAGACAAGUGUUGGCGGCACGGGCUAUUCAUAACAUCUUCCGUAUGACAGAAUCCCAUCUGAUGGUCACCAGUCAGAUGCUGAGGUUAAUAGAUCCUCAGACUCAAGUAUCCAGAGCCAAUUUUGAGCUCACCAGUGUCACCCAGUUCGCUGCUCAUCAAGAAAACAAGAGACUGGUUGGCUUUGUGGUCCGCUUGCCUGAAUCCACAGGCAGAGAGUCUCUGAGCACAUAUGUUUUUGAAAGCAACUCAGAAGGCGAAAAGAUAUGUUAUGCUAUUAAUUUGGGAAAAGAAAUCAAUGAGGUUCAGAAGGAUCCAGAAGCAUUGGCUCAAUUAAUGCUGUCCGUACCACUAACCAAUGAUGGAAAAUAUGUACUAUUAAACGAUCAACCAGAGGACAAUGAUGGAAGUCCACGCGAAAAUACAGGCGCAGAAUCUGAAGCAUAACUCUUGCGCUUUUGGGGGAAGAGCACCCAAGGAGAGCUACCUCCUUAAGGGUUUUCAACUUCUCUGAUACACAGGCACACGAACUGAUUUCAGAAAGCUGACAAUCGCUUGUGGAAUGGACUCUCGAUGCCUUGGUACUGAGACUUGGGAGGGAAACAGUAAGAAAUGGUUGACAACAGUCCUACCCAUCUACAAAUGUUAUUUUAGGUGCUUUGUGGUAAGUCCUUUUCUUAGAUUAUUAUUCAGCGCUCAGAUUGAAAGUUAUGAGAAAAUGCAUCGUUCACUUUAUUUGAAUGUCAUCUUUUUUCAGUUUCCAGUAUCCUUUUUUAAAAAUGGCAAAAGCCUAGAUUUAUAAUUAAACACUAAAUAUUUCCUAUUAAUAUACUCUAUUUUUGUAUUUUACUUAAUAAGCUUUAAGUGCCUGUCAUUCUGAAAAUUGUAUUUAUAAUCAAGCUUCUCUCAUAAUUGGACCUAAUAAGCAUUAAUCUGUGCAGUUAGGUGCCGAGCCCUGCUCUGAGGCUCGAGCACUAGCAGCGAUGCAGGUCUAGUUUUGAUCAUUGUUCCAGGCAUCAUGCAAUAAAAACUAGCAGAUGAGUACCACAAAAGAUACUCAGUUUUACUGGGAACCUUAAUGAACCAGCAUUCAGAAGUUUACGAUCUUUUAGAUGUUACUGUUUUUAGUGGUGGAUCACCGUGAACAGCUCUGCCAGGUCCUGUUUCUUCUGAGCCAGACCCUCCUCAAGGAAGGGGCCAAUUAAUUUUAAAACUCACUUGAAGAGCAGUUGGUUUAAAGUUCCUAUUUCCACUCUGGCAUCCCAGCCCACUCCACCAUUCCCUCCUACCCAUGAAAUAAGUAUAAUGAUCUUGAAUUGGUACAGUGUGUUUAAUUAUAACCAAGUUCAACAGAAUGUUAUUGUCUUUGUAAUAAAUUAACCUAGCAAUAAAUGCUAGCAAAUAAAUCUAUCAUUCUGGUUUUUU